UGUCAUUCCCCGAGUACUUGUCAACACGAGAUGGUACUGUUAUCGCUGCGUAGUUCAUUAUUUUUCAUAAAAUCAGAGGCAUCAACGUGAAUAGUUCUUGUUUUCCAAUUUUGUUGCGUUUUGAUAAGUCGCCUUCUGCGCCAGUGUGUGUAAAGGCUAGACUUUCGCGAGUAGUCGUACGUUACGGAACUGUUUGUCAUAACAUAAUUUGUCAAAGUAUCUGUGAUUUUAAUUGUAAAGAAAAAUAAUAAAAUGAAUUCGAUUCUCCUUGUUUUCGCCGGAAUCCUGGCUGUAUGCCUACCUGCUUCUGCUACACAAUGCAAUGUCAACCCGGUCCAGAUUCCCAAGGACUGGAUCACGAUGCACCGCUCCUGCCGCAACUCGAUGCGUCAGCAGAUACAGAUGGAGGUCGGCGCCUCGCUGCAGUACCUGGCCAUGGGCGCUCACUUCUCUAAAGAUGUGGUAAACCGACCUGGCUUCGCUCAGCUGUUCUUCGACGCCGCUUCGGAGGAACGUGAACACGCGAUGAAGCUUAUUGAAUACCUCCUCAUGAGAGGAGAACUCACCAACGAUGUCAGCUCACUGCUUCAAGUCAGGCCCCCAACUCGUUCUUCCUGGAAGGGUGGUGUAGAGGCCCUGGAACACGCGCUGAGCAUGGAGAGUGACGUCACCAAGAGCAUCAGGAACGUCAUCAAGGCUUGCGAGGAUGACAGCGAAUUCAAUGACUACCAUCUUGUCGACUACCUUACCGGCGAUUUCUUGGAAGAGCAAUACAAGGGACAACGCGACCUCGCCGGCAAGGCCUCCACCCUCAAGAAACUCAUGGACCGCCAUGAGGCCCUCGGAGAAUUCAUCUUCGACAAGAAACUCCUUGGCAUCGAUGUCUAAAACCAUCGCCAUAAUUAUGUAACAUUAAAAAAUAAACUUUAAAAAAUAUCCAGAAUUCCUAUGUUACCGCGUGAUUUGAAGCCUGUCACUUUGACAGCUCUGACAUUUGAAACAUCUUAGAAUGUCAGUUGAUAUUCUUGUAAAGUUAAUUUGUAAUUCGGCGAAUACCUUUAGAACGUAUCUUUUUAAUUGAUUUUCUUACGUAAACAAUUUACCUAUUAAACAUAGAGAUAUAGCACAUGACCAUCGCUAUAGUAUUCAGGUAAUCUGUAAAGUUCACAAAAUUCAUUUUAGCUGCUAUACGCUAGGUAUUGUACAAAAAUAUUAAUCUUAAGAAAUAUUCUAUGUUAAAAUCAUAUACUCCACUGUAGAUUAUAUUCAGUCAAUUAUGAACGCGACAUUAUUUUCUUACGUGUGGCACUCCUGCACUAAAAUGGCGCGUUUUAUUUUAGUAGUUGAUUCCGCAACUUUUUGGCAACAAAGAGUGCACUUUACAAAAACAUGGCUGUUUAUUAUUUUGUUUAAUUAUUUCGUAAAAUAAAGUUGAUUCAUACAUUA